CCUUCUCUUCCAGGCAGGAACAGCGCUUACAGGGGAGCAACGCGGAGCAGCCGUUCGUCCUUACUCGUGAUCCUUGGGACGAGCCGUCAGGGAACCCGGGGCUGGAGACUGCAGCUCCCGCACCUGCCCGGGCCCAGCAACUAGCGCACCGCAGGGGGCGGGGGAACCGGCUCCUCCCCUCCCCACGGCGCUGAGGAGCGGGGUGCGGAGCUGCCGCUGUGUAGCGCGGGCCGCAAUGCCUGAGCCGACCUCUGCGCGCGGCGCCGCCCGGCGGACGCACCGAGCGAGCCGGAGUCUGGGCGGCGGAAGCAGCAGCCCCAGCCCCAGCCCCCAGCUCGCUGCGGUGGGGGCAGGGCCCGCGCCGCUAACCCCGCCUUUCCCCAGCUCCCCGCCCGCGCGGGUCGAUGCUCUCGGGCUGCCUCAGUGCGGUCUGCCUCCCCGGGCUGGUGCUUGAUGAGCGCUGCCUGGCGCCGGCGCCGCCGCCGCUCGCGCUGCUGGGUUCAUUUGUUAUCCGGCGGCCUGGCUCCAUUUCUGCGCUGACGGCCCUGAGCGGCUGCGUCCGUGGCCGGUCCCCUCUCGUCUCUAGGGUGCGUCCCGCAGGCCCAGCCCUCGCCGCGGCGGCCGGGCCCCGCUCGGGCCUCAGCAGCCAUGAAUACAGAAGACGAGAUCAUCCGCAUCGCCAAGAAGAUGGACAAGAUGGUGCAGAAGAAGAACGCGGCUGGGGCACUGGAUUUGCUAAAGGAGCUUAAGAAUAUACCUAUGACCCUUGAGUUGUUACAGUCCACAAGAAUUGGAAUGUCAGUGAAUGCAAUACGCAAGCAAAGCACAGAUGAAGAGGUUACAUCUUUAGCAAAAUCUCUCAUCAAGUCUUGGAAGAAGCUGUUAGAUGGACCGUCAACUGAUAAAGACGCUGAAGACAAGAAAAAGGAACCUGCAUCUUCAUCACAAAACAGUCCUGAAGCAAGAGAAGAAAGUAGUUCCAGUAGCAACUCCAGCAUCAGGAAAGAGGAGGCUAAUGCUUCGUCAGAUUCCUUCAUCCCUUCUUUUCCUCGGGCUCCAAGUACUUCAGAUUCUGUACGAGUGAAAUGUAGAGAAAUGUUGGCUGCUGCUCUCAAAACAGGAGAUGACUACAUUGCUAUUGGUGCUGAUGAGGAAGAGCUGGGAUCUCAGAUUGAAGAAGCUAUAUAUCAAGAAUUGAAAAACACUGACAUGAAAUACAAAAAUAGGGUACGAAGUAGAAUAGCAAAUCUCAAGGACACAAAGAACCCUAAUCUAAGAAAAAAUGUAUUAUGUGGGAACAUACCUCCAGACAGGUUUGCCAAAAUGACAGCAGAGGAGAUGGCAAGUGAUGAGCUGAAAGAGAUGCGCAAAAAUCUGACCAAAGAAGCUAUCAGAGAGCACCAGAUGGCUAAGACAGGAGGCACCCAGACUGACCUGUUUACAUGUGGCAAAUGUAAAAAGAAGAAUUGCACUUACACACAGGUUCAAACCCGCAGUGCUGAUGAACCUAUGACAACAUUUGUUGUCUGUAAUGAAUGUGGAAACCGAUGGAAGUUCUGUUAGAAGAAACAACUGUCAAGACACCUGGACCAGAAAGAGGAUUUUGUAAUUAGCUUUAAAGAACUAGGCCAGGCAUGUAGGUUCCUGCAAACAAGAAACUUUUUUUUUUUUUUUUUUUUUUUAACCAGGAUACAUCCCUGGAGUUUAACCUUUGGUUUUUGACACAACUUCCUUAAAUGCUUUCCUAUAGUUAAUAGUCAGUAGAGCCCGGAUGCUCAAUUGUAUGGUGUAUGUUUAAAAUAUUUUUUCAUUUUUAUAAGUAAGUUGACAUUAAACUUUUAUCAAUAAACUUUUGGUAACUGAAUUGUUUUCUUAACUGUGUGAACAAUGUACUGUAUAUUUUUUUACAGUCUGAAACAUAUCCACCAGACAUAUUUUACCUCUCAAUUAUGUUAAAAAUGUGUGAAUUAAAUUUGUAUUUGUUUCUCACUGGCAUAUUCCCACUAAUUUUGUGGGGAGGAAGGACAACUAACUUCAUUUUAAUUAUACCAAAUCUGCUGUGGUAUCUAAAUUGCAACUUGUUGGCUCUGUCUGGUUUGUACAUACCAUUUAUGAAUUAAUGCUUAAAUUCAGAUCAUGAAGUUUGGAACUUUGUUAAUGGAUCUAUUGACCUCUUCUGUUACAAUGCUUGGAUAAAUUUGCUUAUGUAACCAGCAUUGAUCAGUCCAAUUUAUUGUACUGCCCUAAAGCCUGUAUAUUACUACCACUAGAUUUUAUCUCUGGAGAAAUGACUUAAAUAGUUUGUUUAAAUUUGAUCUAAUUGGUUUGUUUUGCUUAUGUGUGUGAUACCAGAGUUUAUUUUAGACUUUGUAAAUGAGCAAAGACAUUUUGUGGCAGGUUGUUUAAAUAGCAGUCAGUAAACUAGUUGAUAAAAAGAUAAACUGGUUGGGGAAGUAAUAUUACUUUACAUCAAUUCAUAUAAAUGGCAUUAGUUCCCGUGAACUGCUAAUGAGCUUUAUUUUGAUAUUUAGAAUCAUUGAUGCCAGUGAUCAAACCAGAGACCAGAAUAAAUCAUUAAAGUUAUGGUCUUUCACCAUCCAGGAUGAUAGAAAGAUUUAUUAGAAUCUGAUUUUUGACGGUGCACCUUUUUAAAACACUUUGCAAAUGCUAUUUAGCAAAGAGCCAGCAUGGUCAGAUGACAUAAGAUUCUUAUGUUUUUGACAACCUCUCUUAUUAGAAAGGACACUUAGAUAUACCAUGCUACUGGAACAUUUUUUAUGUGAUUUAAAAUGUGUAACCUACAGACAUUUGCUAUAUUGUACUUCAUUAGAUUGUACUAAUGAAUUUGGAAUUUCAAGUUCAGUCUAAAGCACAAUGUGGAUAGCAUCAAUUGAUGUGUUGGCUGAAGGGGUCCAUGCAAUUUUAAUAUUGCUUAGCAGGUUCAUGAAAAGAACACUCUAACAGUAUGAAUGUUUUGUGGGAAUUAUUGGCAUAUAAAGUGCAGACAUUUAAAAGCUAGUACCAGUGGAAUAGAAGGUUAGUGCAGCUUAAUGAUGUCCUGCUGCUAGAUAAAUGCCAGCGCAAACCAACAAUGUUUGUUUUCAAGCCAGGAUAUAUUGAUCCUGUGAUAAUGGUUUUGACUUCAUGUGUUCUAUAUAAUUUGUGUAGAUAUAGAUAUACUUUGUCCUCAUAUUUCUGAAACAAUUAUUGCCUACUAUAACAAUCUAAUUAGUAUGUCCUAAUUCAAUGGGACCAAAACUUGGCCCUUGGAAAAGGUUAGUAUAUUUCACUAGAGAUGAGUUUAUGCAUAAUUAUGAAUAGUGAAACAAAAUACAGGGAAUAAGCUGUCUUUUAUGUGUGAUUUAAUUACUUAUUUAAUCAUAUAUAAAAUUCAGUUAAAAUAAAGAAAUACGACAGGAGGGUGCGUUUUAACCACACCUGAAAGAAAUGGAAAGUUUCCAUUAACUUUUAAUUUCCCAGGAAACUGACCAGUCUAGCUUAAUUGUCCAAGUGAAAUACACAGUUUUGAAUUUUUCUGAUGAAUAUAUCUGAUCUCUCUAGCAAGCUGAAAGUGAUCUAGUUUAACUUCUUUUGUCAGCUUGGUGCUUCUCAAAGGCCUGACACAAACAAAUUAAUACACAAGUACAGCAUAGUCACUGAUAGUCCAAGUUCUCCCAGUACUACCUCACCAACAUGCCUAUUUUGAUCUUUGGCAAGCGCUGAGACUGUGAGCCAGCAUGCCAGUGAAUAUGCGGUGUAAACUGAAACUAUUAAUGUGACUAUUGUCUUGUGCUGUGGAUAUGUCAAUGAACUGGACUGAGAUCUCUAAUUUGACAUAACCAGCUGCCAAAUGUAUUUUAGUAACAACUGGCAGUCACUAUUGACUUGGACCAGAUUUUAACCAGUGACCUAGAAGAGCUCUUUUCUUUUUAACUGAGUCAGCUGGCAGCACCGUUUUGCAGUGUUACUUGUUAAAUGUUCCUUAAAUCAUUUUUUUCAAACUGACAUGCUAAAUGUUAUGUUUUUAUAGAAAUAGAUGAUGGAAACUAUUUAGCCACAGCUGUUGCUUACAACUUACCUUAUAUCAGGUCUUCUCCCUCGCUACUGAGUAGCAACAAAACUCAUAAUUUUUUUUAAUGGGAUUAACACUGAAAGAGCAAAAGGUAUCUCCUGCAUGGUGCAUUGAACAAGCAAGGAAAUUAGCACAUGCCUGAAUUUUCCCCCAGUGAGAAGGUGUUUAGUGUUUGUAUCAUAGUACCCAGAUGGGAGAACUGCUGAUAGGCUGGAGAAAGAUUACAAUAGCUUUCAUAGAAAAAGCAAUGCAAAACUACCUGUAUGAAUCUCUUUUAAAGAGGUGAUUUUUCACUCACCAUCCUUCUGCUUCACAUCUGUCUGCAUUCAUUCAAAUCAAUACAUAGGAAACUAUCACUGAAGGGAAUUCUACAAUAAACUAAAAUGUAUGUAGUGGAAUUGCAUUAAAUUACAGUGUAUUUUGGCUUAAUUAUUAUAGAUUAAGCAACUCCGUAAAAAUGGAUCUAUAAAUUGGUACUUAAAGGCCAUUUGUUUUAACUUCUUCCUAGAUUUAGCUAUGAUAACUAAUUUGGGGCCGUAUUCAAAUGCCAUAUGGUAAUAGAUAUGAGGCUUGGCAAAAAGCACUAGUCUGCACAUACAAGUGCAAUAUAUUAGGAAUACCAGAAAUGCAUGUAGGAAGUUUGUGGAAGAAUACUGCUUUGCUUUGAGAUUUUCUGAGCCUGAAUUAAUGCCAUAUCCCUGGAAACUUGUUUUAACUUGCUUUUGUAUGAAGUAUAUGAAUAUCACCUCUGAAGUAAGCAACCCCCAAACAAUCUGGCCUGUAAUUUAGGAUUUUCAAUGUCUGUGAACACAUCAAAUGGUUGCUACUGCAGAGCUCUACGGACUAAAUACUGAAAUAUUAAUUACCAUUAUUUGCAUCUGCCUUUGCAGUGAAGAGAACACCACAUGAGAAUUCUUGUGCUUUAUUUACAAUUAUAAAUGCCCAGACGCUUCCCUCUCCUAAAUUCUUCAGCUUUUAUAAACAUUAACAGUAUGAACUUAAAAAUGUUUUCAGCAGACUCUGAUAGUAAAAUAACACUUCUCCAUAAGAUAAUUUUAUAGGCAGUAUUAUUCCAGCCCACUAGCUUCCAUAAACUUGAGGUGGUUAUAUUUCAUUGCCAUGAGAACAUUGCUUAUAUUUAUCAGGUAGCCACUCCAAGACAAGCGCUAUCUCUACUUCGUCAGUAGUGGCCAGGCUGUACUAUUAGAAAAUGUGAGGCUUCAGUCUAGUGUAGCCCAAGUAUCUAUAGCGCAACUAUUUCUACUGUGGCUGCACAAUGGGGGGGUAGAGGGGGAAGGGUGAGAGCAGUCAUAACUAACAGUUUAAAAAAAUAAAUUGGAGAGUUCUUCCUUUCCAGAGUGGUAACUUUAACUUCUCCUAUAAGUUCGUGUCCAACUACAUUCUGGUAUUGUAAAAAUAUGACUUUUUUUAACAUCUAACAAUCUCUACAUUCUCCUUUGCAAAGUGUCACUUAAAUUGAUCAGAGGCUGCAGUUAGCUUGUGGUGUCAGAGCCCUCUGCAGGUUAAAACAUUGACAGUUCAUAUUAAAAUAUGCCUGAGUUAUUUUUCAGGUAGAUAUCCUAUUAACUCUAAAUUCCCUGUUGGUUGGUGUAGCCCAGAGUUCCAUUUCUGCUUUUUUUAAAUAAAUACAUUAAUAAAAAAUACUAUGCUUUGAUGGAUUUCUCAGAUAAGGACUGAAGCAAAUCCUUAUAAAUAGCAGAGUUCAUAAACCGUGGGUAGGAGUCUCUAUGCAUUAAGGUGUAAAUCUGGAGCUGUGCAUCAUCAAAAGUAUGUUGUGAUGGUUCCAGCAUAUUUCGGUUGAUAACUUCCCUUACUCUGGAGUCCAGGCUGACCUGUGUAUUAAAAAAGCAUUCGUUGACAUUGGUAAUAGCAUGCACACUUUUCCAGCUCUAACCACUUAAAGUGGAUUUUUUUUUUUCAUUUCAAUCUUCACCCCUCAAACAAAGUGUAAAGGGUCUCAGAUAUACACAGGCAGAGAGAAUUAUCACUUCCAACUUCGGAUACAAUUAUCUCCUUGAGUAGUGGAGUCCUCUCUUAAAGACAGCCUUACUUUAAACAGUACAGUCUGAAAUCAUAUUUGUGCUAAAUUCUGAUGAUACAGUGGGAAUUUUUGCUCUUUCUGCUUAAUAGUGCAGUGAAUUUUUAAUUUUGUGCGACUCGCUUUUGUUUUCUUGGGAAUAAGUGUUGUCUGAGGCUGAAUUCAUAGCAGCAGAAUUAACCAGAAGGAAGCUGCAACCUGUAGAAAUGUUGUUUAAGCAAAUCCCUUUACUAAAGAGCAGGCAGAAUUAGACAUGAAUUGCAAAUAGUUGUAUAUUGGUUCCAUAUGAGAGCAAUAUUGUGAAAAUUUAAAUUUCAGUGAGGUGGCAGUCUCAAAGAUAUUGUGUUAACAGCUACUAGAUUUCAGUAGUGCUUGUAUCUGUACACAAGUAGUGCUUUUUCCACCACUGUGGCUAAUAAGCUUUUGACUGAUAUUUGAGUUUAUAGUCCUUUAAAAUGAGAAACCAACUAAACAAACAAACUCAACCUUGUUGUAGUGUAAUGUUUAGUGUAUGAAAUAUUUGCCAAUAUCAGACUGGCAGAUAGUUAAUUUUUGCUGUAUAGUAGUAGUUCUUAAAACAGAUUAUAUUUGAGCAGUUCCUUUAUAUUUCAUAGCAAAUUACAGCGAAAGAUUUUAAACAUUUUAAGGUCUCCCAUUUCUUUUUUUACUGCUAA